GCUAACUAGAAAUUGCGCAACAACAGACGAUUUUUUUCUCUCCACUCAAUCAAAAACUUUGAUGCUAUAAAAUACUUUAGUCUAUAUAAAUAUGCCUAGAAAAAAGCCUUACAGUGGAAAACAGAAGAAGUUACAGCUACAAGAGAAGAGAAAAGGGAAAAAAAACAGUGAAAAUGACAGUGAUGAAGGAUCAAACCAGGAGGAAAAUGACAGAGUUCCAAGUUCAUCAAAAGUAGAGGAAGAUGAAUCUCAAACACAAUCUUUACAACAACAGUCUGUCCAGUCAACAAAAUCUCUUGAGCCAAACAGAUAUCGACUUCAAUUCCUCCAAGAAUCUAAUACAAAAUUAAAGAAGAAAAGAGAAUUAGGAAGACAAGUUUUACAUCCCGUUUCAGAACUUGAACUUGAAGUAUGUGAUGAUGACAGUGAACCUUACAUAGACAUUGCUAAGAGACCACCAUGGCAUUACAACUGUUCAACAGCAGAACUACAAAAAACAGAAACUAAAUAUUUUCAGGAAUAUGUGGAAAAGAUCUUUGCUGAACAUGAUAUAAAUAAAUUGAGUUAUUUUGAGUUGAACUUGGAGACAUGGAGGCAGUUAUGGAGAGUACUGGAGAUGUCAGAUAUUAUCUUAAUUAUAGUAGAUAUCAGAUAUCCUAUGCUCCAUUUUUCUCCAGCAUUAUAUAACCAUGUAAUAAAUGAUUUAGGAAAACAUGCCAUUUUGAUAUUAAAUAAAGUUGAUAUGGUACCACCAGAACUGGUUAUAGCAUGGAAAGAGCAUUUCCUGUUAAAAUAUCCUAAACUACAUAUAGCUUGUUUCACAUCAUAUCCUAAAGAGGCAAUAACAAAUAUAAUACCUGGUAAAGCCAGAAAGAAAAGAAACAGAGGUGGAAGAUUUGCAAUAAAUAUGGGAGCUAGAGAAUUAUUGGAAAUAUGUGAAAGUAUUGUACAGAAAAAGGUUGACUUGUCAUCCUGGAGACAUAAAAUUGAAUCUGAAAAUGAGGCUUCAGGAUUGGAUGAAGAUAUUAAUGAGAGCCAUGAAGAUAACACAGCAUCUCCCUCUCGAGAGAAAUAUAAGAAUGGUAUGCUUGCAAUUGGAUGUACAGGCUAUCCAAAUGUUGGAAAAUCAUCAUUAUUAAAUGGACUUAAAGGAGUAAAGGUUGUAAGUGUAUCUAAAACCCCAGGUCAUACCAAACACUUUCAGACUAUAUUUAUAACACCAACUGUCAAGCUGUGUGAUUGUCCUGGUCUGGUUUUCCCAUCAAAAUGUGAUAAAGCACUUCAGGUGUUGGCAGGGAUUUAUCCAAUCUCACAAGUACGAGAAGCUUUUAGUGCAAUAAGAUAUUUAGCUGAGAGAAUUAACAUUGUGAACAUCUUACACCUACAACAUCCUGAUCCGCCAUCAAAAGAAUGGUCUCCUUAUGAUAUUUGUGAAGCUUUUGCAAUAAAGCGGGGAAUGAUAACAGCUAAGGCUGGAAGACCUGAUAUUCACAGAUCUGCAAAUUUAAUUCUACGGAUGGGAUUAGAUGGUCGACUUUGUUUAGCACUGAGGCCACCAGGUUUUACACAAAAUAGAGAUAUUUGGAAAGAACAUCAAGAAACUAAAGGAUUGAUUGAGAAACUAUCUAAAUAUAGGCCAUCAACUGAAGAGUCUUCUGAUGGUAGUGAUGGAGAAUUUGGCAUUGAUAAAGAUGAAAAUGAAAAUGAAACAUCAUCAGAUGAAGAGGAUGUUAAAAUGACAACUAAAAAUCCUUUUGCUUUAUUAUGUGAUGAUGAUUAAAUACUUAUUCAAACA